CAAAUUUCUUCUCUCAAUAUCGUCUCUCUUCCUCUCAUUCCCUCACCUAUCUCAAUAUCCCUCGUACGUCUCAGAACAGGAAAACCAACACAGCACUAAACCCCACGAUGCAACCCAACCACCCCCCAAACGUUUCCGAAAGAUCAUUCUCCCUCUUCCCCCUGCUCCCCGGUGAACUCCGUAAUCAAAUCUGGCGUCUGGCCCUACUAUCCCUGAUCAACGACUUCUCCCGCCCUCAAUUCUGCUUCUACCGUCCCGGCCGCGGUUACUGGGACCCGCGAUAUGUCACCCCGUCAGACCCAGACUACGAUCCCGACGAUGACGAAAACAUCUCCUUCGAGUUCCACCACGACCGCCUCGACCCGGUGGUCGUGUGUGUCCCGCUAAUAACCGUGAGCCGCGAAGCGCGGGGGCUGGUUCUCCCUUUGCUGAGGGACAAGGGCACCGACAACGACAACAACAACAACAGCAAGAUACCAAAGUUCACCCGCGCCAUCGACCCCCUCCACGACGCCCUGUACAUCGCCCCCACCCACCUCGACGACUUCCUCGCUGAACCUUGGGACCGGUGCUUCCAGCCCGAUCUCGCCGAUAAGCAGAUCAGUCGGCCCGCACCGAAGAUGAGUCGGCUGGCGCUG